AUGACCAGUUCGUCUUCUUCAAGCUCCGGAUCCGCUGCCCGCAGGUCCGUUCACGGCGUCCCAAAAAAAUGUUGGUGUGGGAAAGGACUCAGCAUCUGGGCUUCAGAAACCAAGGAGAACCCAUUCCGAAGAUUUUACCGCUGCGAAAUCGCCCUACAGAGGAAAUAUGAGUCCCACCUCUUUAAGUGGAAAGACGAAGCAAUACUAGAUGAAGUUAGUACGGUGGAGGCCAAAGUCUUGGAUCUCGUCCACGACUUUCAGUCCCUCUCGAAGAGCGUAACUGAACAGAUUGACUCACACAAGACUUGGCUACAGGAGCUUGAGGUUGAGAUGAUGUCUAAGCUCAAUGAACACAUGUCGAAGGUGGCCCAAUCUAUGGAUGAAGCAACUCGACAGUUCAAAGAAGACAUGCAUGCUACUCUCAAUUCAAACACGAACACAACACUUCUCAGCAACAAUGGACCGGUUCAUAACUUCGCAUCUGCUGUUGGCAUUGUGUUAGCUAUCGCAUGCCUCUAUUGGAAGCUCCUCUGA